UGUUUAUUAAUAUAUUAAAUGACAAAAUCUGGUGGCAGGUCUAAUAAAUAUUGUAACUGUGAAAUAGUGAUGAAUGUAAAGUAUAUUUUGAGAUCUGUAAUAGCUGUAAUGUGAUGUAAAAUAUUUGUGAUCACAAGUGCUGCUAGUUCCACUGGUUUUUUGCCUAUGUUCAUAAUUUAGGAAAAUGCUAAAUUUCAGUUAGAAAUUAGUGAAAAUCAUGCUCACUUUGGCAGUACGUAUACUAAAAUUGGAACGAUCCAGAGAAGAUUAGCAUGGCCCCUGUGCAAAGAUACACGCAAAUUCAUGAAGCGUUCCGUAUUUUUUAAAAAAUUAUUGAAAAUCUUCAGUUAGAAGAUAGCUUGAAAGCCCAUGGACCUUGGGGAAAGAACACCUCACUUAGGUACUCUGUACAGGUAAUCAGCCUAGUUCUUCAACUUCCUGUUGAAAAUGACAUCCUGCUCUGCUUCCAUUAGUUUCCUCUGAUCCCCAGUCUCGUGACCUGUGCUAUGUUUCUUUGACCAGGCUUCCUAGAUGCAGCCUUUGGGUUUCUGAGAAACAUCUGCUUGGACUGUCCAUUAUUGUGCCCUUCCUGCUCUUUGGGAGAGCCGUCUGUGUUUUCUUGAAUCCAUUGAUACCAGAUCUCAUAUUUUGGAUUCUGGCUGUAUUAUGAUGAAUGACACGUUGACAUCAGAUGUCAUUGGUCAAAGGGUUGCAGUUAAUGGAGAGCGUGCAACAGUGCGCUUUUAUGGCCCUGUCCCUCCUGUGGCGGGACUCUGGUUAGGAGUGGAAUGGGACAACCCGGAGAGAGGCAAGCACGACGGCAGCCGUGAAGGGACUGUGUAUUUUCAGUGCAGUCACCCAACAGGAGGGUCCUUUAUUCGUCCAAACAAAGCAAACUUUGGAGUAGACUUUCUCACUGCACUCAGGAACCGCUACGAAGAUGAACCAGAGGGAGACGGGAAAAAGCAAAUGGUUACAAUUGGAAAAAGACCUGUGGAAACUAUUGGUUUUGACUCUGUUAUAAAAAAGCAAAGCCAGCUGAGCGAGCUGCGAGACAUUUCCUUGAGGAGCUGUGCCGUGAGCCGUGCUGGCGACAAAGGAGCCAUUGCUGAGGUGUGUCCCAAUAUUAGAGUCGUCGAUUUGUCACAAAACCUGCUGUCAGCAUGGGAUGAAGUCACAGAAAUUGCUGAUCAGCUCAGACACCUGGAAGUCCUUGAUCUCAGUGAAAACAAACUGCGGUUUCCCUCUGAAUCACCAUCUCCGGCCAGAACGUUUUCCACACUGAAGGUCUUGGUCCUCAGCGGGACAGGAAUAAAGUGGGUCGAGGUGCUCCGCUGCGCCCCUGGGUGGCCGGUCCUCGAGGAGCUGUACCUCAAGUCCAACGAUAUUUCCAUUUCAGAAAGGCCGGCUGACGUUCUGCAAACGGUCAAGGUAUUAGAUCUUUCCUCCAAUCAGUUAAUUGAUGAGAACCAGCUGUUUCUAAUAGCGCAUCUGCCCAGGUUAGAACGACUAAUCCUUCGCGACAUUGGGAUUUCCUCGCUGCGUUUCCCGGACGCUGGGGCUGGGUGCAAAACGUCCAUGUUUCCUUCCUUGCAGUACCUGGUAGUCGAUGACAAUCGGAUAUCGCAAUGGUCAUUUAUCAACGAGCUGGAUAAGCUACAGAGCCUGCACUCCCUGUCCUGCCUGAGGAACCCCCUGACUGUGGGAAGCGGCGCCCGGACCAACCUCCAGUUCAUUAUCGCCAGGAUCGGCCAGCUGCGGACCCUGAACAGGUGUGAGAUUCUGCCGGAGGAGAGGCGCGGGGCGGAGCUGGAUUACCGCAAAGCGUUCGGAAAGGAAUGGAAAGGGGCCGGUGGCCAUCAGGACCCCGACAAAAACAGGCCGAGCGAGGAGUUCCUGGCCGCCCAUCCCAGAUACCUGUCCCUCUGCCGCAAAUACGGGGCACCUGAAGACGGAGAACUCAAAACACAACAACCAUUUUUGCUAAAAAACCAGCUACUAACACUGAAGAUAAAAUAUCCUAACCACCCGGACCAGAGAUUCCUAGAGAAACAACUGCCAGACUCGAUGACAAUUCAGAAGGUGAAAGGACUGCUGUCACGUCUUCUCAAAGUUCCUGUGUCAGACCUUCUGCUGUCCUAUGAAAGUCCCAAAAUGCCUGGCAGAGAGAUUGAACUAGAAAAUGACCAGCAGCCACUGGAGUUUUAUUCUGUGGAAAAUGGAGACUGUCUGUUAGUGCGAUGGUGACAGCAGCUGACAACACUCAGACCAGACUGCUCACUGUGACUCGGGCUCACGGGAAAGAAACCACUUACUGGGACAAUUCUAUCAAAAAAAGAGGUUUUGUAACUUGCCCCAACUAUAGGAAGGGCUGUACUUUUCUUUAGGAAGCGACCAUUUCUAGGCUUGUAUAUUAUUAAAGGCUCUGUACCUACUAA